AUGAAAGAGCGCGUGUUCUAGUCUUGUACGUUACAACUUGUGUUUUGCCGUCACAUUGGGUUAAAAACGUCAUUUUAGCACUUCUAGCUGUGACUGUUGAGUUACUUCAAUCACAGCCGGGGUAUUAUUGAUUUGUUCCCUUGUUAAAUGCAGGUUUAUUCUAUGUGCUUAUUAAGUCGUUAGCUCGCGUUCUAGAUCAAGCUUGAUCAUCUUUCCCAGCUUCCAUCGAGUGGGCUCUCCUGAUUACUCCUUCUGCUCAUUCAACGCUCUCAGGCUAGUGACGAACCGCUGUGCUGACAUAUUCCUGAAGCUGAUUUUCAUUUUUGUACUGAAUUGGCGUUGACAUCAAUAGUUCACAAACUGUUUGCAUUGUAAUAAAUUAGAUUUUGAAUAUGUCUGAAAAGAAACGAAAGCAGCGGUUGGCUGGUGAUAAACUCAAUGAAAACCCACUGAAGCCUACACUAGAAGAAAUCGAUGUUGCGAAUUACUUACAUAAAAAGCUACCAUCUAAAGAAGGGCGUCUCUCAGGAAUGAUUGUUCGCACAUUCGUAGCAAUGGAAGCCAUAGAGUUACUGAUGAAUUCCCAUUGGGCUAGACCAAAUGACGAUGCGAAACCAACUCUUUUUACAAGUCAAACUACUGCAGUUAAUUUCAUGACAACUUUGUUUCAGAAGCAAAUGUUUCAGCGUGCAGUUCGUGUCAAGAAAAAGUCCACUAAACACCGAGAAGAUGCGAAAUCAUUGAAGCCUAAACUGAAAAGGCUUACUGAUGGAAAGGUUGUCACCAGUAAAAAUGUUGUCGACGCGACUUCAGAUGAAAAUUUGAGUUCUCAAGAUCAUGAUUCUAAAUCGUCCAAAUUUGGUAUUUUCUCAUCCAUCUCUUCCAGUAUUAACGAAUUCACAAUGAAAUCUCCCAAUAAGAAACCCAUGCGACUAGAAAUUGUGGACGAGCAAAAAUUUGUACUUGAUGAUCCACAAACAUUUUAUGUUUGGAUCUAUGAACCACCACCGGGACUUUUUACAUGGUUGGCUGGUGCAGCUUUAAUUAUUGGGAUUAUACUAUGUUGUUUAUUUCCUAUCUGGCCAUCAGAAUUACGCCAGGGUGCAUAUUAUUUGACUAUAACUGCUUCAGGACUUUUAGGUCUUUUACUUUUCGUAGGAUUAUUGCGUUUCUGUUUUUAUUUGCUUGUCUGGUUAUCUACUUUAGGUCAAUACAGUUUUUGGAUAUUUCCUAAUUAUUUUGAAGAUUGUGGUUUCUUCGAGUCAUUUCGUCCAUUGUAUUCACUUAAGCAUGCAUCUGAUGUUCUAGCACCAUCAAACAAGAGAAGCAAAUCGAAAGUAAAGUCAAUUAGUGACGCUAAUAUUGUCCAAUUAUUAUGUACAAAAUCACCUGAGGAGGUUAAAGUGAGAAAUGUGUUAAAGAAAGAUAUAAUAAUCAAUGAAUAAAUAUAUUCCUAUUUACUUCAUUUUUUUCCUUAUUUUCCCUUUCAAUGUUAUCAUGAUAAAUGUAUUGCACUCUUAUCAUUGGUAUGCUUAUUGCAACAUUAUUCAUCUAUGUGAAAAUUAUAUUUGAAAUAUUCUCAGCGAUUGAAAUUUAACUAACUUCAACGUUUCGUCCAGCUAACUUGUCUGGACUUCAUCUAUAUUUUUAAUUCAUAUUUCAGCUGAAUAGAUGUUUUUUGUAACAAAGUUUUCAAAAUUACACUUGUGAUACGUGUGCCGAAAAUCAAUAUUUUGUCCCUUUUAUGCGAAUCGAUUAAUAUUGUAGUUUAACAUCGAAUAAAUGAAGGUUAAAUAGUUAGAAUUUUCACUUUUUUGAGUCAGUUUAUCUAUUAGUUUCAUAUAAUUUAUUUUUUCCCACUGUAGAAUUUGAUUAAAGCAUGAACAAUGGACGUGAAAAAAUAACAGGAAUUCAUUUAUUAAUUAUCUUUUUGUCUGCUUACACCAUGGAAAUAAUAGUUACAACUAUUUAAAACCAAUGCACCUACUUCAUAUCAUACUAACGAAAAUCCAUAGAAUAAUGCCAUUAUGUAUGGAAGAAUUAUAUAAUGUUAAAGUUCAUGG